AUGAAGAUCCGGAAGCACGACUUCGUCUUGAUCGACGAUGAACUCAAGUGCAGGCUGCACAAAGUGGUGGACAUGAAAAUAAAAAUAAAAAAAAACUACCUCAACUUAAUGUUCCUCGUGAAUAAGAAGUAUGGAUCGACUUACACCUACAUAAAUAAUAAGUGGGUCCGAUGUAAAAAGAGCAAAAAUAAGUUGGACAUUGAUUUUCAAGGAAAUAUCGAAGGAACAAACAAAGACAUUUUUCAGCAUACCAAUUCGCAAAAAUUAACCGAAGAAAAUAUUGCAGAGCUGAAGGAUAACCCUUCGGAAAAUCCAUACGAAGUUAUACAAAAGCUAGUCCAUAAUUCUUCCACUUAUAAGGACAAAACUGUCAUAUCAAAGUUCAAAUAUGUGGAAAAAAAAUUGAAAAGACACUUGUGCCAAUUUACUGUAUACGAAUGUAGUGUUGUAAAUUUGGUAAAUUUUUAUUACAAAUAUUUUCCCGAAAAAAUAUCCUCCGUUAGGGUGGAUUAUUUGGCCAAUUUGUUGUUCCACUUGAAUCGGGACGUCCUCAGUAGGGAGGAAGACCCCCAAGGGAUUGAAAAAAGCAAUGAAGAAAUAAACGAUGAUAUGGUCCAACCCGGUGGGAGUGCGACGUCAGACCACUUCGCCGAAGAGACUGUGCACACCUUCAGCACGAAAAAACCGAACGUAAUAAUUUACGACGAUUCUUUUGGCUUACUGAUUAGCAUGCUCAACAUAAUUUAUUCUGACCAUGUGAAUAUUUUUUCUCUUGUUUAUAAAAAUGCUUCUAAUUCGAUCAUCCCCAGUUUUGGCAUUCCUAAAAGCACCAACGUUGCCAAGGUGAGCAUCCUCCACGCGUCACACGCGCCUAGGCUGAGCACCGGAGAGUGGCUCGCCAUUGACGGGGGGUGCGAACUCGUUGGGAAGGAGGCACUACAGGGGGUAGUCGAAGCAGCAUCAAAGGAGGAACAAAUAGACGAAAUGGUCGAAGAGGUCGACGCUGACGAGGGGGAAUAUCGCAAGAGGAGGAUAGACCAGGUGGACCACCCCGAUGGUGAAGGGGUUGACCAGGUUGAAAAUCUCCCCAAUAAGCGUGCAAAGAAUGUCCAUGUGGAGGCGAACAGCACAAUCCCGCCAAACAAAAAAUCACAUCUACAACAUAUGUUAAUAGACCACAUGAACACCGAAGGAGCCGAAGCAUUCGUCGUAAUAAUAUCGAGUGACUUCAUUUACAACACGAACACAGAUGUGCAUCUCCUCAUCGAUACACUCAUCAAGGUGUCUUUGAAAUUUCUGAAAAAUGACAGCAAGAUAAUUAUUCACACAGAUGACCUAAAUAUUUGCAACCUUUUUUUAAAGGGCCUAAUGGAUACCAAUUCGUUCAUACACAUAAAGCUUAAUGAAUUUGUUUUAAGAGAGCAACAGGUGGUGAAACGGCGAACGCAUCCAGUUAUAAAAAAUGCCAAGUUGGCCGAUGGGUUCCUCUUAACUGCGCUCAAGGUGGAGGGAGCAACAGCAACCUAG